CUCCAAGCAGCAUCUACACUCACAGCUGAAAGGAAGAACUGAAACCAGAGCGCUCUGCACGACUCAUAAUCCAUGCCAUUUAGGACGUAUGCAGAAAACGCCCACUUCUUCUGCUACUCAUCUGCACUGGUAAAAGCUGGGACCAUGGUUGUCGUGUGAAAACGGAUCGGUGUGACUCGUAUUGGAAGGACGAAAAGAGCCAAAAAGCCUGUUUCAGGUGUCAGCUGGUAAAGCACGUGUGGGUGGGUGUGUGAGUGAGUGUGUGAGUGAGUGAGUGAGUGUGUGUGUGUGUGUGUGGGUGUGUGUGUGUGUGUGUGUGUCUGUUUGUGUGUGUGCGUGUGCACGCGUGUAGGCACGUGUGUUUUCCCAGCCCAGUCAGUAUUUGGAGCAGAGUGUGGCCUGAACACAUCACAGAGGGACAAUGAGCGAGCUGGAACAGUUGCGGCAGGAAGCCGAGCAACUACGCAAUCAGAUCCGGGAUGCCAGGAAAGCCUGCAGUGACUCCACUCUGUCACAGAUCACAGCUGGUCUGGACUCAGUGGGCCGGAUACAGAUGCGGACACGACGCACUCUCAGGGGCCACCUGGCCAAGAUCUAUGCAAUGCACUGGGGAAGUGACUCAAGGUUACUUGUCAGUGCCUCGCAAGACGGAAAGCUAAUCAUUUGGGACAGCUACACAACAAAUAAGAUGCAUGCCAUUCCACUGCGCUCUUCCUGGGUGAUGACGUGCGCCUACGCCCCCUCUGGGAACUAUGUGGCCUGCGGAGGCCUGGACAACAUCUGCUCCAUAUACAGCCUGAAGACCCGCGAAGGCAAUGUGCGCGUCACCCGAGAGCUACCUGGACACACAGGUUAUUUGUCCUGCUGUCGUUUCUUGGAUGACAACCAGAUACUGACCAGCUCUGGAGACACCACCUGUGCAUUGUGGGACAUAGAGACAGGCCAGCAGGCCACCUCCUUCACUGGCCACACAGGCGAUGUGAUGAGUUUGUCUCUGAGCCCUGACUUCAAGACCUUCGUGUCAGGAGCCUGUGAUGCCACCUCCAAGCUGUGGGACAUCCGUGAUGGCAUGUGCAGGCAAUCCUUCACCGGCCACGUGUCUGACAUCAACGCCGUCACCUUUUUCCCCAAUGGGAAUGCCUUUGGCACAGGCUCAGAUGAUGCCACCUGCAGGCUGUUUGACCUGCGUGCCGAUCAGGAGCUGAUGAUGUACAGCCAUGACAACAUCAUCUGCGGCAUCACUUCUGUGGCUUUCUCCAAGAGCGGCCGCCUGCUCCUGGCUGGCUACGAUGACUUUAACUGCAACGUGUGGGACACUCUGAAAGGCGAACGCGCAGGUGUGCUAGCGGGCCAUGACAACAGAGUGAGCUGUUUAGGAGUGACAGAAGAUGGCAUGGCCGUGGCCACCGGCUCCUGGGACAGUUUUCUCCGGAUCUGGAACUAAAACAAGCCUCUUCCCUGCCAUACUCAAUCACUGCCCGCCAACUUCCUCCCCGCAACCCCCGUCCACCAUAUCCCAACUCAUCUGCUGGGCUCGACCUGAGGGGUGCACACUGUGUCAGCCUAAAUCCUCUUAAUUCACCCCUCCUCUGUCCGCUGGCAACCUGCCCACCUGUGAGAUAGUACCGACUCUUUCUACCUUUCCAAGUGACGUUUUUCUCACCCAGCUAUACACAGCAACACAAAUAAGAACCUUUCAGUAGAGUUGUCCAAUCAAAAAUAAUAUAAGAGUUAUGAAAAACUGAAGGAAAAAAAAUACAAGAUUUCACCCCUCUAGGGGGGCGAUAAAGAGCAUCUGUUACCAUGACUAACAACAAAUGAGAUGACCGUUGGUGUGUAAUAUGUAAAUGUAUAUAUAAAGACCGUAUAUAUAUGUAUAGCAUUAUGUGUGUAUAUAUGCAUCAU